AUGCGUAUAAACGCUGUUCCUUUGCUUAAAUGCAUUGUCUCUGAGCCUUACAAAGAAUAUGGAGAUGUAAAUGAGCAUGUGCUCACAGUUUCAGCCGUUUCUUACUACACGAGAUUUCUCAUCGAGCCACAUCCGAAGUUAGACUUUGGAGCACUCGAAUUGAAAGCUACGAAAACAAUGCAAUUGAAAUUAACAAACACUGGACAAUUUCCUUUGAAGUUCAGCUUCGUCAACCGACUGGCAAAUAACUUCGAUGAUCGGAGUUCAGUGGUAACCGAUAGGGGCAAAAGAUCAUCAAAGCAAAGAAAAAUCUCUAAACGAAAACUUUUAUGCAGACCUAGUACUUUGCAAAACGUGUCGAUGAAAUUUGGUCCGUUUAAAUUGGAAAAAAUCAAGGGAGCAUUGGCGCCCGGGGAAGUUGACAUAGUGAACGUUCACUGCGUGUCGGACACUGUUGGUCGUUUCAACGAAACGCUAAACAUAUUGGUAUCCGACAGUUUACCAGCUAAUGAUGAGAAUCAACUGAUACAUUUAACUGCUGACGUUUGCGUGGCUAAUUUAGACUUGGAAAAUCUUCACGAAGUUUUCACAAGCAGCCACAUUGUUGAGACACUCGAUGAUUUUAGCUGUCCAAACGAGUUUGGACAAUACACUGUCUUUGAAAAAACGAGCAAAUGUCUGUACUUCUACCAUGUGUGUGUUGGAUGUAAUUACACUACGGAGAUCAAAUUGAGGAAUAGUAGCGCAGUGAACGGCACUGUUUUGAUAGAGAUCCCCGAAAACUCGGCUAGCAAUGGAACGUUUCGAGUCGACCAGAGUCGAUUCUCCAUACCUUCCAUGAGCACGCGAAGUUUCUCCAUUAUCUUUGCACCCAAAUUUCUUGGAGAUUCGUCUAAUACAUUGCUGAUAAAGUUGGAUCUACCCGAAAGUAUCAAGCCAAAAAAUUUUAGCAUCGAUCUGAAAGGGGUAGGCUGCGUACCGCAAAUUCGAUUGAUCGAGCCUGUUGUGAAUGGUAGCGACGUUCCAGUAAUAAACUUUGGACUGACAUUCGUUUCGGCGACCACUAUAAAAGUCUGCAAAGUCAAAAAUGUCGGGCUAGUAUCCGCAGAAGUGUCUCUUCAAUUUUUUACCAAUCAAGAUGCAGCUUACAAAGUUGUUUUAAACGAAAGAGAUGAUAAAACAGUCACCGACCAUUCUUCAAGUAACUUGUGCUUCGGGAUAUUGCCUGAGGAAGUCGUUGACGUCAGAGUUGCGUUUCUUCCGACCAAAAGUGGAAAAUACGAAGGUCGUCUACAAUGUUCCGUUCAACACAAUCCUUACGAAGUUAUCGAAGUAAACUUGGUGGGCGAAGGAUUUUUGAGGACCAUUAUUUUAGAAAACCUAGAGCUAGUUGAUGAACUUUCAAUAAAUCUCCGGAAGAGCGCAUCAAAAAACUCACGAGAUUCCCAGAAGUCGCGAAAAGUUUCAUUGAGGACAGGUUCUUCCAUGACUAAGUUAGAAUCUAAAUCACGUGAUUUGAGUCCAUUGACUUACAAGCUGGAUUACGGAAAUUGUUUCUUGAAUCAAAUUCAAAAAGUCGCAUUUAGAAUUGUAAAUAAAACUUUGGAUAGAUUCUUCAGAUUUGAGUGGGAUUCGCUUGCUUGCCUCAUAUGUACACCAGCAGCCGGCCAUCUAGGACCGAACAGUUUCAAAGAACUGACAGCUACUUUCCUUGCUUUAGAGCCUACAGCACUAAAUCAAAUACCUUUAUCAUGUGAUAUAAAUGAAAUUAUUCUCGUCGAGCCAAUUACGGAGCCUCUAUGGGACAAUAGACAAAUGACUGUCUCAUGGAUGGAAAAGUAUCCGUCAAUGUCUGAUUUAGAAACUUACGAGGAUAACGAAGAAGAUAUGUAUAUGAAGAAAAUGAUCAAAGAAAUAGAAGAACCCUUAUUUCACGUAGUACCUGAAACUUUGGAAACCGUGAGACUUUUAGUUUCAGCAACAGUUAAUUAUUCGGAAUACCAGUGUAACAUUAAUGCGAUUAAAUUCGAAGAUACUCUAAUGUUCCAGACAAGCCAACAAACAAUCGAGCUAAUAAAUGUUGGUAAGGUUGAUAUGAAUUUUUCAUGGGAUUUAGUAAUGGAUGAGCAAUAUCCAAAACGUUUGAAUCAAAUCGACUCGGGAUUAAACUUUAGUUUAGAAUCCUUUAAAAAGACGUCAGAUAGAAAAAGAUACACCGUAAAAACAACACCAAUAUCAGCGCUUAAAAAAGACUUACGAUUUGACUGCGAAGAAAAGUUACUAUUUUUACUAGAUUCCACUUCGUCCAGAGAAAAAUCAGAUCUAUUUAGCAGCUCUGCAGGAAUGACAGAUCGUAGCACGGACAGUUGGAUAGAAGGCGAGAAUUGGCCAUUUAAAAUCGAACCAGAAAGUGGUUGCAUUGCCCCAGGAAAUAGUAUAAAGUGCUUCCUCAAGUUUUUACCUGUUGACGUUUUUGAAUACAAGGCUUGCUUGCAGUGCAAGAUAGAAAAUUUACACCCCAGUGCAACGCCCCUAGUCAUCGCAGUAGCAGCGAAAAGUUUGCUUCCAUAUUGUCAUUUUGAAAUAGAGGAAAGUGACUAUCUGACAAGUAGCAGGAGGGAUAUGAAACUUCCAAUUCCAUCAGAAUACAGCCUUGCCGAUCCGGAUGUAGCUAAGCAUAUAAGGAUUGCAGAAUUCAAUGUCCUUGGGAUCAAAGAGUGUCACAUCCUGCAAAUCUGUUUUGUAAAUCCAACGACUGAAGAUUACUCUUAUCGCUGGUUGAAUGUGCCUCAUGUAUUAUCUAAAAAACUACCCGAAUUUCGAUGUUUAUCGGAAACCGGAACAGUUGAAAAAGGGAAAAGAAUCAGGACUGAAUUUUCCAUGGUUUCUGAAAAUGUCGGAUUGUUCGAAUCAUUAUGGCAAUUUGAGAUAAAGAAAUACAAUUUGAAAACACUUUUUAUAAUCGUUGUCAAUGUGGCCGAGCCAUCUAUAUGCUGCAAAAAUCCGAUACUGAAAUUUGAAACUUCUACUAUUGGUCAAGUAAUAACCAACUCCUUUGAAAUUGUUAACAACGAGUGCUGUCAAUUGUCAUUCAAUAUCGUCAAAAGUUCACUAUAUUCUGAGGGAAGACUACAGGAGAUUUCAAUUUUUCCGAUAUCUGGAGAACUGAAUCCAUACGCCACUCAGCUAUUCAAUGUAAAAUUCAAAUCAAGGCUUAUUGGAGAGUUCACUUUCAAUGUACAAUGUCAAAUUGAAAAAUUGCAAAAACCCAUUAAUAUUUUUGUUUCCACUCAAGUGAUUGAAAUAUCAUCCCAAAUAGCGUAUACUAACUGGGACGACCAAGAGCUGAAUAUGAGUGAAAAUUUAGAUAAUAUUAUUGAAGUCGAACAGCUACUACUAAAUGUACCAACCAGAAUAAAAUUUAAAAUAUCAAACACUGGAGGCAUCGCUUUUGAUUACAUGUGGCAGUUAAAUGCGGCUGAUCGAAACAAUUUUAAAGUAUGGUUCUCUGAAUCCGUCGGUCGAGUGGAAAAAGGUUGUCAUAAUGUCUGCUUUUUGGAGCUAAUUGUUACAGAUAAAGUAGUCAUUCGUAACUACCCAGUGACAAUAAAGUUAAAAAAUGGACCAACUUAUCGAAUUAAACUCAACGCAUCUGUUAAAAAACUACCACUGGAAUUUAGCUUUGAUGAACAUGAUUUUGGUCUGUGUUACAUCAAAAAGGAUAAAGGAUUUUCACAUUCCAAGACACUAAAUAUAACCAAUAAUCAGAAAAUUCCUUUCUCAAUACAAUGUGACUUUGUUGACACUCCCAACGUGAAACUGGAUCUUUGUCAAUUGCGAGAAGCCAUUUCUCCAAAAUCUCAGAUUAAAAUUCCAAUUUACUUUCAACCUACUGAAGAAAUGAGCUACAAAGAAAUUGUAUUGUUUCAAGUACCCAACAUCUCCUUGAGGAAAGAAAUUGUAAUAAGAGGAGAAGGCAUACCGAUACAGGUGCAUUUGAAGUAUCCAUGCGACGGGAUAUUGAAUUUUGGCUCAAUACUCGUAGGAAACGAGACAACCAAAAAAUUAUCGAUAGUAAAUAGUGGUCGAGCAACAGUAACAUUGAAAGUAGUUGUAACCGAAUGUUGGGCAGAAAAUAUCUUUAGCAUUAAUACUGAGUCAAGAGCAAAAGAUGAGCGAAACUCAUUAACUCCUACCGUUAGUUCGAAGUACAGCCAUACGUCAUCAAAAGAUGUAAAUCUUUUGGAGUUUUUAGAGGUUGCACCAAAUGAUUGGUUCGAUCUAAAAAUGAACAGAGAACAACUGAUUUCAAUUAAAUUUCAAGCUAUGCAACGAGUCCGAUCAUGUAAAAUCAAACUAGGUUUGGACAUGGACAACACAAUUAUUCCCUUGACUGUCGUCAAAGCGGAAUGUAUCGCUAUGAAUCUUUACUUGAGUAGAACUAACGUGUCAUUCGGUAAUAUUUUUGAAACUUGCGUAGCCGAAGAAAAACUAACUCUCAUGAAUGACGGCGAUGUAGACACAAGAUUCUACUGGAGGGACAUAACAUCAGAUUUUGAGAUACACCCGCAAAGUGGGCAUUGUCCAGCUGGUCGUUACGUAAUUUUCACCUGCACGUUUAAGCCACAAUGUUUGGGAAGUUGCUUGCAAGCCGAGGCUGUUCUGGAAUUGAAGGAUUACAAAAAGUUAACAAUUAAUAUGAUUGGCAACUGCUGUCCAUUGCCAGAAGCAAAGGACACCAUUAACUUCACUGCAGAGACAAACAAGUCUGACAAGAAGGACAUAAUAAUCGAGAACAAUUCGAAUGAAACUUGGAGUUUGACUCCUAAGAUAGAAGGCAAACGCUUUACAGUUGACGCAAUUCUACAUGUAAAUCCUAAAAGCUCAUUUGUAUGCACCGUAACGUACAAUCCUGAAAAACAAUUGUCAAAAGAAUUUUACGACAAGGGUAAAUUAAUAAUUGUUCUGCCAAACGGACGACCACCGAUCGUUCAUGAUCUUUGUGGUCAUAUUUCUCAAGUUCUUCCCACGAAAAAUAUGGUUCGUCAAUUACCAGCGAAGAAAAAAUUUGUAGAAACCUUGACGUUGCACAACGGCAGUGAGACGAGUCGAAUUUUUGAUUGUAGCACUAAUGAAUUAACAGAAAAUAAUAUUAAAAAAAUUUCAUCGUUCGAAGUAGAAGUUCCUAGCCGCUCGCAGAAGGAAUACAAGUAUCCUUUCUACUUCGAAACUGAAGGGCACUAUGUUUACCAGAUUACUUUUGACGAUCACCAAAACAACCGUCAAUGCUACAAGAUCGAGUUUACAGUUACCUGUCCAGAAAGUCAAGAAACGAUCAAAAUGUCGACUUACGUACGCAGCCCUACGUUUCACACGUUGAAAAUAGAAAACUCGCUGGAUUACAGGAGUGUGACGUUUGAUGCAAACGACAUUGACGACGUCGUCGUACACGGGCUUCCGAUGACAUUGUUACCCAUGGAAUUUAGAUUCGUUCGAGUGGAAUAUUCACCCCUUCUUCCGUGUGACAAACGAGAAACUUUGAUAAUGAAAAGUGAGGAUCAGGACGAAUUUUCUUACUGCCUGCAUUUGAUGGCCAAACCAGCUCCACCAGAAAAAGUGACCUACGUCAAGUCAAGCUUGGGCAGGACUACCGACUUUACUUUGAGAGCGAAAAACUACAGCAAAGUUUCGUGCAGAUUCGAGAUUACGGCGAGCCAUCUUGCAUUCACGUGUCCACAAUUCGUCGACGCGCUGGAAAACGAAGAGGUGUUGAUGCACGUGAGAUUCGAACCUUACGCUCUUGAAACUGUUGAUGCUACUAUCAAAAUGAAAUCAAGCAUUGCCGGUGAAUUUACUUACCCAGUCGUCGGACAAUGUACGCCGCCCCAACCCGAAGGGCCACUCGCUGUCUCUCCUAAUGCUCCAACAUCGAUAACAUUCAAAAACAUCUUUCUGGAAGCCAAAUCGUUCGAGAUUUCGGUAGACAACUCGGACUUUGUUCUUGAGGAUUCCAAGGCACAGAUUAAUUCGAAAGAGAGCCAAGAAAAUUCGGCCAAAAAACAAAAGAACUCAAGUCCCAUGGAAAAUAAAGGAGAGGAAACUGGUAUGGAAAAAAAAGUGCACACGAGUAUAAGUACUGACGUUCAAUGA